AUGGGUAAAAAACAAAGUCAACGUUCUCAACAACAACAACAAGGUCCUCUCAUCCAGCGCAUACCAACAAAGAAACCACCAACACAAGAUGACAUUGCAGAGAGUGAAAAGAUGAGGCUCAUGCAGCAAGCUGGUUUGUUGGAGAAGGUGAAGAAACGCGAAGCCGAGAUCGCAGCAGAGAACAUUGGCACAGCAGUGUACAUUUGGCAGGCCAUCUUCAUGUCCAUUCCCUUUGGUUUAUUGGUGGGCGCUUUUGAUGUUACUGUCAAGGUUCAAUACAGCGAGCCAUGGAAUUAUACCGAGUUGUUCAUUCGUUCCUGCAAGGCUAUGCCAGCUUUAUUCCCAUUCAUCUAUAUCACCAAUCGACACAGGAACAGCCGAUGGAUGCAAGCAAUCAUGGCUAUUGGAUCAACUGUUGUGGGUGCCUUUUUACUAUACACAUUACGCAACACGCCAUCAUUGGGACAAAUGGCAAGAGCGCCAGGUCUAGCAACGAUUUGGAUUUACUUUAUCAUUCAAUUGGAUCUUUUACCAGCCGUCAUCACUCUCCUUCUAGUAGCAUUGUAUUGGUACUUUGGAUUAAGAGACAAAUAA